UGCGCACUCUCUCACACACACUUACCCAUCUCAUCACUUUCUUUCUUAUCUCAAUUUUGAGAAACCCAAGAAAUGACGAAGGACCUUGAAGUUACCGAGAGAGGCUCUUUCUCCGGCAAGGACUACCAUGACCCACCACCCGCACCCCUCAUCGACGCCGAGGAGCUCACCAAGUGGUCUUUCUAUAGAGCUCUCAUUGCUGAGUUCAUUGCCACCCUCCUCUUCCUCUACAUCACCGUCCUCACCGUCAUUGGCUACAAGAGCCAGAGCGACCCCAAAGCCGGCGGUGAUAUGUGCGGCGGCGUUGGCAUUCUUGGCAUUGCUUGGGCCUUUGGCGGCAUGAUUUUCAUCCUUGUUUACUGCACCGCCGGCAUCUCAGGAGGACACAUCAACCCGGCAGUGACGUUCGGGUUGUUCUUGGCGCGCAAGGUGUCGUUGAUAAGAGCAAUAUUGUAUAUGGUGGCUCAGUGCUUGGGUGCUAUCUGCGGUGUUGGCUUGGUCAAGGCCUUCCAGACAUCCCUCUACGUCAGGUACGGCGGCGGCGCCAACUCCCUCGCCGACGGUUACAGCAAGGGCACCGGUUUGGGUGCUGAGAUCAUUGGUACCUUUGUUUUGGUCUACACCGUGUUCUCCGCCACCGAUCCCAAGAGAAAUGCCAGAGACUCUCAUGUCCCUGUUUUGGCACCACUUCCCAUUGGAUUUGCUGUGUUCAUGGUUCACUUGGCUACCAUCCCGGUCACCGGCACCGGCAUCAACCCUGCUAGGAGUCUUGGUGCUGCUGUUAUCUACAACAAAUCCAAGCCAUGGGAUGACCAUUGGAUCUUCUGGGUUGGACCAUUCAUUGGAGCAGCCAUUGCAGCCUUCUACCACCAAUUCAUCUUAAGGGCAGGAGCAGCUAAGGCUCUUGGAUCAUUCAGGAGCAACCCCAAUGUCUAAGUUUGAUUAAUGAAUGAUCAACAAUGCAAUGCAAGUGCUUGAUUAUUGUGCUAUUGUAUUUUUCUAUUUAUAUUUAUAUUUUAUUUUAUUUUAACCCUCUCUCUUUGAAUUAGUUAUCUCUCUAAAUUUGGUGGUGUAUGAAGAAGAUUUGUGGAUAAGUGUAGAUUUAAAAAAGUCCCUUUCAUGACAGUGGGGGAGGGAGGCCUUUUGCACUUUCCUCUGUGUAUUCCCUUUAGUGUGUGUCAUGCCAUCUGUCUUCUUUUGUUAUUCUCUUCUGUCAUCUUUGUUCUCAUUAUAUAUUUAUGGAAAACCUUUAUUUUAUUUGCACAAA